AUGCCGCUAUCAAACUGGAAGUCCUCCGCACUAACCAUGACGCCCUUCGGCUGGACACCCCGGACGCGCCCGCACACUGGAACUCCUCUCACGCAAUUACUACUGGCCACAAAUGCGGAAGUACGUCGCCCGCUAUGUAGACCACUGCGACACUUGCUCUCGGAUCAAACCAGUCCGACACGCCCCUUAUGGCCUCCUCAAACCCCUCACACCACCCACAAAGCCUUGGUCAUCGCUGUCCAUGGAUCAUGUUACUGGCCUCCCGGAGUCCCAGGGAUCCAACGCUAUCCUCGUAGUGGUCGACCGACUGACCAAAAUGGCCCACUACAUCCCCACCAGAGACACGCGGACGCGGCCGAACUGGCCCGCCUGUUCCUACAACACGUCUGGACAUCCCAUGGCCUACCCAAGGAUAUAGUGUCCGACAGGGGUACCACCUUCACGUCGCAGUUCUGGAGGACGCUGUGCAACCAACUGGACAUCAAACCUCGGUUCAGUACCGCCUUCCACCCUCAAACCGAUGGACAGACCGAAAGGGUGAACGCCAUAAUGGAGCAAUACCUACGGGGCUAUGUCAACUAUCAACAGGAUAACUGGUCGGAGUUCCUUCCCCUCGCAGAGUUCGCGCACAACAAUGCCACCACGGAACCACUGGGGGUCAGCCCCUUCUUCGCGAACUAUGGAUACAACCCUCAGCUGGACACCCUCCCCUCAGAAGAAAGGCACGAAUCUACACCCAAGGAAGUGGUCGAUUUCGCCAACUCGAUCUCCACCCUGCAAGCCGCGUUAAGAUCUGAGAUACUGUACGCCCAAGCCGCCGCCACCGAUAGCGCUAAUGCGGCCCGACUCCCAGAACCCCAUCUCGAAGUAGGGGACAUGGUAUGGUUAUCCCGGAAGCAUAUACGCACCACUAGACCCUCGGACAAAUUGGACCACAAACGACUGGGAAAAUUUAGGAUCCUCGAACGCAUUGGGUCCCACGCCUACCGAUUGGAACUCCCCGCGUCCAUGAAGUCCCAUCCCGUCUUCCAUGUGUCCUCGCUAGAGCCGGCUCGAAGGCACCCACUUCCUGGCCAUAUACAACCGCCACCGCCACCAGUGAUCGUCGAGGGAGAAGAGGAGUUCGAGGUACAGGAAGUGAUGGAUUCCCGGAUACGCCGCAACCAGCUGCAAUACCUGGUCAAGUGGACAGGAUAUGAGCAACCCACUUGGGAACCAGCCCGGAACCUCGACGCAGAAUUAGGGUCGCUGCAACGCUUCCACUCGCUGUACCCCAGCAAGCCGUCCCGGGAUGCCACGAAGCCCAAGGCACGGAAAGUAUGA